CCUAGUAUUCUUGGUAUCACUUUAUCGUCCCUUAUAGUUCUCCUGUUUUGGCCGGAACCCCAGACCCCGGGAACAGCAUUUCAACGGAAGUGCUUCUUGAGUGGUGGCUUGUUAUCUGCUCUGUCUCUUGCAAGUUACCUUGGGGCCGCUUGGUUUUUGAACACCGUCCAGCCUCAGGUUGUCAGGGAGAUGCGUACAAGCAAACUCAGGCUCACAGCUAUUUCCAUUUUGUUGGGAAUGCCAUCGUUCUGGAAUCUUUUGAGCAUAUAUUCUUACCUCAUUGGAGUGUGCGGAGCUUUCUGGCUCGAUAAUUGCACCUUUAUGACAGUGAUGACAAUCAUGGUCAUCACUUUUAUAACCGUGAUGCCACUGGUGACUUGUACUUUGUUGUCCUAGUCACCCUUCACUACGAUGUUCCUCACGAGCUGGAAACACGUGAUCGUUGAACAAGUGAAAACUUAACUUGGG